GUGGAGCUGUCUCUUGUGUUAAAUGACACUGGCAGAUUAAAGCGCUCUGAUGGGGAAGGGCUUAAAGGCUGAGUCAAAAGCCAAGAAGUCUCUUUAUUUACGCCUACCUCCCAGCCCUUGGCAAUCUGACUAACAACAAACUGAGCUAACAAGAAAGACUAGAAAGGGAGGAAGGAGAACAGUGCUGCAGCUUGGAUCUACAGCCUAAGAAAGCAAGAGUGAUCAAUCUCAGCUCUGUUAAACAUCUUGUUUGUUUACUGCAUGUAGCAGCUUGCAAAUGGUUAACUAUAUGCAAAAAAAGUCAGCAUAGCUGUGAAGUAUGCCGUGAAUUUUAAUUGGGGAAUAAAAGGACAACUGCUUCAGGAUGAUCUAGUAUGCAGUCUGCUUGAAAUGUUUUCAAUGAAAUGCUCAGCAUUUUGUCUUGGACCAGAGGUUUUAACUUUAUGAAGCGAUGGAACUUGCCAAAAAGUGAUAUUUGAGAAGAAAGAACACGGUGGUUGGUGUUUUCUUUUUUAAUAAAGAAACUGAAUUUACUUUGAACAUCUCUUCCAGCUGUGCAUUACAGAUAACGUCAGGAAGUCUCUGCUUUACAGAAUCAGAUCCAUCACAUGACAACAUGAAGCUCUGGAUUCAUCUCUUGUAUUCAUCUCUCCUUGCCUGUGUAUCUUUACAGUCCCAAUCUCCAAUGUCCUCUGCCUCAGCCAGAGGUUCCUGUGACUCUCUUUGCAACUGUGAGGAAAAAGACGGCACGAUGCUAAUAAACUGUGAAGAGAAAGGUAUUAAGACGUUAUCCCAAAUAAGUGUGCCACCAUCACGACCUUUCCACUUAAGUUUAGUAAAUAACGGCUUGACAGUACUUCACACAAAUGACUUUUCUGGGCUUACCAAUGCUAUCUCAAUACACCUUGGAUUUAACAAUAUUGCAGAUAUUGAGACUGGUGCAUUUAAUGGCCUUGGCCUUCUUAAGCAACUUCAUAUCAAUCACAAUUCUCUAGAAAUUCUUAAAGAGGAUACCUUCCAUGGACUGGAAAACCUGGAAUUCCUACAAGCAGAUAACAAUUUCAUUACAGUGAUUGAACCAAGUGCCUUUAGCAAGCUCAACAGACUUAAAGUGUUAAUUUUAAAUGACAAUGCUAUCGAGAGUCUUCCUCCAAACAUAUUUCGAUUUGUUCCUCUAACGCAUCUAGAUCUUCGUGGAAAUCAGUUGCAAACAUUGCCUUAUGUUGGUUUUUUAGAACACAUUGGCCGAAUAUUGGAUCUCCAGUUGGAGGACAAUAAAUGGGCCUGCAAUUGUGACUUAUUACAGCUAAAACUUUGGUUGGAAAACAUGCCCCCACAGUCUGUAAUUGGUGAUGUUGUAUGUAACAGCCCUCCAUUUUUCAAAGGAAGCAUACUAAGCCGGCUGAAAAAGGAAUCAAUUUGCCCCACUCCACCAGUAUACGAAGAACACGAGGAUCCUUCUGGAUCAUUACAUCUGGCAGUAACCUCUUCAAUAAGCGAUAGUCACAUGUCAGCCAAGACCACAUCUCUUUUAAAACCACCCACCAAAGCACCAGGUUUAAUACCUUAUAUUACAAAGCCAUCCACUCAACUUCCGGGACUCUACUGUCCUAUUCCUUGUAAUUGCAAAGUACUCUCCCCAUCAGGACUUCUAAUACACUGUCAGGAGCGCAAUAUUGAAAGUUUAUCAGAUCUAAAACCUCCUCCACAAAAUCCUAGAAAGCUUAUUCUUGCAGGGAAUAUCAUUCAUACAUUACUGAAGUCUGACUUAGUGGAAUACUUCACUUUGGAAAUGCUUCACUUGGGAAACAAUCGUAUUGAGGUUCUUGAAGAAGGAUCAUUUAUGAAUUUAACAAGAUUACAAAAGCUUUAUCUGAAUGGUAACCACCUGACCAAAUUGAGUGGAGGUAUGUUCCUUGGUCUCCACAACCUUGAGUACUUAUAUCUUGAAUACAAUGGUGUUAAGGAAAUAUUACCUGGAACCUUCAACCCAAUGCCUAAACUGAAAGUGCUCUAUUUAAACAACAACCUCCUACAAGUUUUACCACCACAUAUUUUUUCAGGGGUUCCUCUUACGAGGAUAAACCUUAAAACAAACCAAUUUACUCAUCUACCUGUAAGUAAUAUCUUGGAUGACCUUGAUUUACUGACCCAGAUUGACCUUGAGGACAACCCCUGGGAUUGUUCCUGUGACCUGGUUGGAUUGCAGCAAUGGAUACAAAAGUUAAGUAAGAACACAGUGACAGAUGAAAUACUCUGCACCUCUCCAGAGCACUUACACAAAAAGGAAUUGAAAGCACUUAAUAGUGAACUUCUUUGCCCAGGUUUAGUCAAUAACCCAUCCCUGCCAACUCAGACUAGUUACAUCAUUGUCAAUACUCCUACAACCACAACUACAGCUGAUACUAUUUUUAAAUCACUUACUGAUGCUGUACCACUAUCUGUUUUAAUACUAGGUCUGCUGAUUGUAUUCAUAACUAUUGUGUUCUGUGCUGCAGGGAUAGUGGUUCUUGUUCUCCACCGCAGGAGAAGAUACAAAAAGAAACAAGCAGACGAGCAGAUGAGAGACACCAGUCCUGUGCAUCUCCAGUAUAGCAUGUACGGCCAUAAAACAACUCACCAUACUACUGAAAGACCCACAGCAUCACUCUAUGAGCAGCACAUGGUGAGCCCCAUGGUUCAUGUCUAUAGGAGCCCAUCCUUUGGCCCAAAGCAUCUGGAAGAAGAAGAAGAAAGGAACGAGAAAGAGGGAAGUGAUGCAAAACAUCUCCAAAGAAGUCUUUUAGAACGAGAAAACCACUCCCCACUCACAGGUUCAAAUAUGAAGUACAAAACCACAGACCAAUCCACUGAAUUUUUAACCUUCCAGGAUGCCAGUUCAUUAUAUAGGAACAUUUUAGAGAAAGAAAGGGAACUUCAGCAACUGGGAAUCACAGAAUACCUAAGGAAAAAUAUUGCUCAACUUCAGCCUGAUACGGAGGUACAUUAUCCAGGAGCCCAUGAAGAGUUAAAGUUGAUGGAGACAUUACUGUACUCAAGGCCAAGGAAGGUAUUAGUGGAACAGACUAAAAAUGAGUAUUUUGAGCUGAAAGCUAAUUUACAUGCUGAACCUGAUUACUUAGAAGUCCUGGAGCAGCAAACAUAGAGAGUUUAAGGGCUUCUGCAGAAAUGCUGUGAUUCUGUCUUAAGUCCAGACCUUGUAUAUAAGUGCCUUAUAUGAGUGUGUCAUCAAUCAGAACUUAAGCACAGCAGCAAUCCUAUGGGAAAAGAAAAAGAAACUCAGGGAUCACUGGGAGAAGCCAUUGCAUUGUCUUCAGGCAAUUUUGUCUAUCCCCAAUAAAAUAAGUCCUUGCAUGUAAAUCAUUCAAGGAUUAUAUUAAUAUUUUCCCAUAUAAGUAAAGUGUUUCAUAGAUGUCCUCUUGCACAUCUAAAAGGGUUUAAUAUUUAACCCUUAAUUUCUUGAGUUAUAUUACCCAUGGAUUAAAUAGAAUUGGAUUUUUGUCAUUUGAAAACUGUAACAGUAAAUGUAGUUAUAAUAUGUAAGAAAUGUAUUGUUUAUAAAAUCAUUAUAUGUACUUACAAAAGUGUAAGUUGUUAGAUACACCAACUUUUCUUGCAAUAAAGGCAAAAGGAACUGGAACUUUAAAAUUAACAAAUAGUAAUAGAAAAGAAAAAAUGGAAAGUUGAAUUACAUAGGGUAUGAGUGGCUCAAAACUUUGAAACUUUGAGAAUUAAAAAAUGCCACUGAAAUGCUUUCUGAAUUUAAAAAUAAGGAUGAUUAACAGUUCAGGUGGAAUGAGGAAGAAAACAUUUUGGUUUUUCUGCACAUUUUGUGUGGACAAUCUUCUUGUUAAUGCUGCUGUGAACUAAGGUAUGUCAUUUGUGCUCAAAGUUUAAUUCUUACUCUUGGGAUAUUUUGAAAAUGCUACUGAUAUUCAAUUGUAAAUACAAUUAGUGCAUCUAUCGUUAGUUUGGAUUCUUUCAUAGCAUUAAUCCUUUGUAAAUUUGAAUACCGAGAUAGAAAGAUGUUUCUUGUGGCAAGUAAUAAUUCACUGGUGUAAAAAAAUAGGAAAAAUAUUUUAUUUUUAUUGAUGUACACUGAUAGAUGCCAUAAAUUAGUAGCAAAAGGCACGUCUAAGGGUAAGUGGUUUAAGUUGCCUCAAGAGUGGGACAAUGUAGCUUUAUUUUACAAGAAAGUAUAGCUAGAUUUUUAUGAACUAUUUAUUCUGUACAGUUUUGUAUAUUUUUGGUUCACAAAGGUAAUUAUUCUUGGGUGCCUUUCAAGAAAAUUAAAAGUACUGCUCACUAUAAUAAAACUAAAAUGAAAACCC